CACUGAACAAAGAAGGCCCCUUCAAACCGAGGUCUAGCAACAUCGUUCCCUCCAAGCAGAAAUGUCAAAAUGGCGUCAACGCAGGACGCUUGGUAUAUUUCUUUACUUGGUUUAGCAGAACAUUUCCGUACAUCGAAUCCUCCUGACAUAAAAAGUUGCAUCCAGUGCCUACAAGCCGUAUUUAAUUUCAAACCACCACAAAGGGUCGAAGCCAGGACACAUUUACAACUUGGAAAUAUUCUUUUGACACACACCAAAAACAUCGACUUGGCGAGAACGCAUUUAGAGCAAAGUUGGUGUAUGUCACAGACUAUCAAUGGGUUCGACGAUGUUAAGUUUGAGGCAGCAAGUGUGCUGGCAGAUCUGUUUGAGGCUCAGGGCCAGCCAUCACAUUCAAAGCCUAUUCUACGGAAGGCCAUUGAGUUGUCACAGCACAGUGUGUACUGGCACUGCAGGCUAAUAUUCCAACUAGCACAAAUUCAUGCCACUGAGAAAGAGUAUGAAGUGGCGAGCAGUUUGUUAGGAGUUGGAGUGGACUAUGCACAGAUAUCAAAUGUGGCCUACACACGCGUCCUUUUCUUACUCAGUAGGGUUAUGCUGUUGUUAAUAGACAAGAGGAUCACAGAGGUAUUACCACUCCUGAACCAGGCUGGUCACCUAGUAGACGCAUGGAGUGGCAGUCACCACCAGAAAGAGUACCUCAAAGUAUUCUUUCUCGUUCUACAGGUGUGUCACUAUUUAAUGGCCGGGCAGGUGAAGAGCGUGAAGCCAUGUUUGAAGCAGCUGCAGCAGAGCAUACAAGCUAUCAUGGCGCCGCAAUGGCCCGACGACGACACUGUAUGCGGCAGCGUGCAAGGCGAGUCGUUCGUGUGGAUGUCGCGGCAACAACUGUACGUGCUGGUGUACCUCGUCACCGUCAUGCACUCCGCGCAGGCUGGCUAUAUGGAAAAAGCACACAAAUACACCGAGAAAGCGCUGGCGCAGAUCGAUAAGCUUACCUCAAAAACAUGCGAAAAGGAUGCUUUGGGUAACGAGAAGUGCGAGCGUGAGGAGAGAGAGCGAGUGCGGAGCCGGAAGGGGGCCAUCUUGGCGUGGCGCCUGCGCAUGGCGCUCGUGGAGCACGCCGCGCUCUGUCGCCUCGUCGCCGGGGGCAAGGCGCAUGCGCUGCACGAGAUAGCGCGCGCCGCGCAUCUACUCACGCAGGCACCUGAACCCGUCGCGGGAGACACUCCGAGCGCCGGAGAUCGCGCGACGAUUAGGGCCAUCGUAAGUGCGGGCCUGCGGACGGCGAGCAAGUGUAGCUCGUCGCCCAACUACAACCAGACCACCACAGAUGGAGCCGCGGAAGGCCUAACAGCGGCGACGGCGGAGCUGCACACGCCGCAGCUGCACUGCCUGCUGGGGCUGUACGCCAUGUCCAUGAACUGUAUGGACGCCGCCGAGGCACAGUUCCACACUGCCAUCAAUAUGUCACAAGAAAGAGAUUUAUGGAUGUUCGCGAAGCUCAACUUGGCGAUUGUAUAUUUACGAGGGAGGAGAGACAGUGAACUGACCAUACUUAUGGAACAGGUGAGGCCAGAAGCGCUACCGGCGUACGCGCACGGGCUGCGAGCUGCCUCUUACUACGUAUUGGGACUACAAGCUUUCUUCCAGGCUCGGUAUAAUGAAGCCAAGAGGUACCUCCGUGAGACGCUGAAGAUGGCGAACGCAGAGGAUCUCAACAGACUGACGUCUUGCUCCCUGGUGCUGCUGGGACAUAUCUUCCUGUCCAUCAACAACUCCCGCGAGAGCAUGAACAUGGUCACACCCGCCAUGCAGCUGGCCAGCAAGAUACCCGACGUGCACGUGCAGCUCUGGGCAUCUGCUAUAUUGAAAGACUUGUACCGACUGGCGGGCGACUCGGAGCGGGAGAAUGAAGCGUACCAGAUGCACUGCAACUUCUCCCAGGCGCUGCUGAAGGACCACUUCCAGGCGACGCAGCUGGCGCAGCACGCGCUGGUGCAGUGGACGAGCGGCCCGCCGCCCGCGCUGCCGCCGCCGCAGCCCUAGUGCGCGUGGGACUGCGCCGGGCCCGAGCCGGCCCGCGAGCGCUCUACUACUACACUCAACCUUAAGAUCACUGUCAUCGGCCUAAGGGGGGACUCCAGGACCUAUUCCCGGCAGUGAUAUUCCACGCCAGUGACUUAACAGACGUUCAUAGUGAUAGUGUGGAACCUUGUGACGUGUGCGGACGUUACGAUCUGAUUAUAACGAGGAUACUGCGCGCGUGUUGGUGUGACUGCUCCCGUCGCGGAGCCGAGGGGAUCCGACUAACCUAGCCAGUAAUUAAUAGGUAAAGCUUGAUUUGUACGGUCAAUUAACAUCAUCUUCAUUGUACAUCCUCACCCUUGGGUUCAUCAGUCACGCUGUGGUUAGGGUUGUAGAAUACGGCAAUUAAUAUUGCUCAAUUGUAUCCCCUCAUUCCCCUAAUGUCAUGGAAUAUGCAGAUAUACUGUGAAACCAACUGCUCCAUUACAUCAUUUGUAAAUAUUGGUGUAAAAGCUGCUUGGUUUCUGAUAGGCUACAUGACACUGGAUCAUCUCUGAGUGAUUGUUGAGUUUGUAUAAAGUUGUGACAAUAAUAUCAUAUCAGACUAGUAUGUGUCUGGGUGUACCGUGGGUACACCGCGGCGAUGUCGCGACACCAGGUAUUGCGGCACUCGUCCUGCUACUAUCGUCUAUAUUGGUUCUCAUAAAUGUCUGAUCUCAUUCAUUUAUCAUCAUCACAUGUGAAGCGAGCUGAGGGGAAGUUACCGUAAUCAGUAUCAAAUUAACAAAUGACAUUUCUAUUUAAUGUUUUUUUUAUGGGGUUAUAUACAAAAGGCAGUGUCAGUACUUGUCGAAGUUUAUAUGGCUUGUAAGCAUUUUGUUUACAAUUUGUAAAUUAAUUGCUGCACCUACUUAAGUACAAUUAUGUAACUGCCUUAUUGAAAAUAACUGUUAGGAUUUGCAGCAUGCAGCUGAUCUACCUUUCUUCUAAAUAUACUUUUUGUUACUUUCUUUUGUUGUGAUAGACUGCUUUAGUGCCACUGAAACUUUAAGUACAUGUACAAAGUGAGGCUAAACAGUAUGAUAUACUGUUUUGCCGUCCUGGAGGCCCAGCUACACAGUAUCCAGCACAUGCAAUUAGUGUAGUCCAGCACAAACAGUUUAUUCUGUGACAUUACUAUUCACCUUUCAAUGGUUUGCCAUUUCAACAGAUACAUGCCUACUUCUUAAAAAGUAGAACUUCUAGUAGUUGGGCCUUAAUGUGUACAUGUUUGCUUAUAUGAAUAUUGUUGAAGCCUUGAUAAAUGCAGAUGAUGCAGUAAUGAAUAGUUACAUUGUUGGUCUUUCCCCCCGGGAGGUGAAGGGGCCAUACUUGGAGUAUAUAACAUGCCUGUAACUUGAUUAACCCUGGAACAUAGACAACACGCCAAAGGAGAGAGAGCAUAAUAAAUUGUCUUAUUUUGCACAAUACACAGUUGAAUUGUGGACAAAUUUCGAAGUAAAAGUUUAUGCAGAUAAUACGGACUGAUAUAUAAAAUAAUUGUACAUAAUGUGUCAAAAUAUGAACUUGAGAAAGAACAAAAUGUCUCAUAUUUAUUAUUAAUUAUAUUAACAUUUAUUUUAUUAGUUAUUUUCUUAGUAUCUUGUUAGGAGUGAGUGGAUGUUGUUGAUAUGCUGGUUAAUUAAUUUUAUAGUAGCAUUUGAUUGUUGUAGUUGGUCUCAAUAGAGUGUUUCACCAUAGUACAUAGUGUCACAAUACUGUUGAUAUCUUUCCAUGUUCAUAUUAUUUUUGUAAUAUACUAGAGACAACUGUUUUCUUUAUCCAGAAAUGAUUCUAUUGAGAUUAAACACGACCAACCUCUUAAUCACACGAUCUUUCGUAAAAACAAAAUUGAAAGAACUCUGUACACAUUUUUUAUUUUAUAGUAAUUCCCUUUCGAACAGUUAGAUGUGGCCUUAGACAAAGGGUACAUUUGCUGUUGUUAAUAUGUAAAUAAAAGUUGAAUUAUUGUAAAUAAUAAAAUUAUAAAAUAUAUGUUUUUUGCUAUA